CAUCGGUUUUUACUUCCCUGACCUCUCAGUUUCUCUUCCAGAUCAAGGCACUCUCUCAUUCUAUCUUUGAUCAGCCCUGAAUCAACCUAAAUCCUAUACCCAAGUUCGCUCUUUCGAUUCACUCAAUCCUCCCUUUUUGUAGUUUCACCGAAAACCCUAAAAUCUCAACGAAGAUGACUCAAGAUGUGGAGAUGAAAGAGAAUCCGGUUCCCUCCAAUUCCAUCACCCCCACCUCCCCUUCUACUUUCGACAAUUUGAAGGAGAUUGCGGGGUUGAUAGAGACAGGAGCUUACACUAGGGAGGUGCGGAGAAUUAUGCGGGCGGUGAGGCUGACCAUUUCGUUUCGACGGAAGCUGAAGCCCUCUGUGCUCUAUGAUUUCCUCAGCUUUGCUCUUACACUUGGAUCCGAUGCGUAUACUCGAAUAUCUGCAUACCUGCCGAAGGAAGAUGAGCAUGAAAUGGAGGUUGAUACUGCAAUAUCAGUUACUCAAUCUCCUGUGAAGCACCCUUUGCCGGAGAUUGAGAUGUACUGCUAUCUGCUGGUGCUCAUUUUUCUCAUCGAUCAGAAGAAUUACGGUGAGGCUAAAGCUUGUGCUUCAGCAAGUGUUGCCCGGUUGAGGAACCUUAAUAGGAGAACUGUUGAUGUUCUGGCAUCUAGGCUCUACUUCUACUACUCUCUUAGCUAUGAACUCAGCGGUGAUCUUGCUGAAAUUAGAGGUGACCUCCUUGCGCUUCAUCGGAUUGCAACAUUGCGGCAUGAUGAGCUGGGCCAGGAAACACUUCUCAACCUGCUACUCCGCAAUUACCUCCAUUAUAAUUUAUACGAUCAAGCAGAGAAGUUGAGGUCAAAGGCCCCUCGCUUUGAAGCUCACUCAAACCAGCAGUUUUGUCGCUAUCUCUUUUACUUGGGAAAGAUAAGGACAAUACAGUUGGAGUACACAGAUGCUAAAGAGUCUCUUCUUCAAGCUGCUCGGAAAGCCCCUGUUGCAGCUCUUGGUUUUCGAGUUCAAUGCAACAAGUGGGCAGUCAUUGUCAGGUUACUGCUGGGAGAAAUCCCUGAGAGGACCCUUUUUAUGCAGAAAGGCAUGGAGAAGGCUUUGAGGCCAUACUUUGAGCUGACAAAUGCUGUGCGAAUUGGAGAUUUGGAGCUCUUCAAAUCUGUUGCAGAGAGGUUCUCAAGUACUUUCAAUAAAGAUGGAACCCAUAAUUUGAUUGUUAGGCUACGCCAUAAUGUCAUAAGGACAGGGCUUCGGAACAUCAGUAUCUCUUACUCUCGUAUCUCAUUGGUCGAUGUUGCCACAAAAUUGAGGUUGAAUUCUGCAAAUCCUGUUGCAGAUGCUGAGAGCAUCGUAGCCAAGGCAAUCAGAGAUGGAGCUGUUGAUGCUAUCCUGGAUCAUACGAAUGGGUGGAUGGUAUCAAAGGAAACUGGGGAUAUCUACUCAACAAAUGAGCCACAAAUGACAUUUAACUCAAGGAUAGCAUUCUGCCUCAACAUGCAUAAUGAGGCAGUACGUGCGCUCAGGUUUCCACCAAACUCCCAUAAGGAGAAAGAAAGUGCGGAAAAGAGGAGGGAGAGACAACAGCAGGAGCAAGAGCUAGCGAAACACAUAGCUGAGGAGGAUGAUGAUGAAUUUUGAUUAGGGGAGGAUCUACAAGAGGCUUGCCAAAUUUCUAUUUUCCUUUUAGAUUCCCCAACAAUUAACUUUUCAGUUUCUUGGUCUUGAUCACCAGUUAAGAUUGUUCUUUGAUUAUGCAUCCGUUCAUAUUGUUUCAUGGACAAGUAACUUUUAUUUCACAAAGCUGAAUUAUUGGUUCUUUUGGUUGCUCA